UCCAACUUCUCCCUCUCCUUUUCCUCUCCAAUUCCUAAAGACAAAUUAGAGAGAGGUCCAUUAAAUCCCCAAAACCGAGAUCCUCUCUCUCUUCAUUGUCAUCCAAGCCACCUGGCAUUGCUCGUGCUCUCUCUCUUGGAGCCUCAAUGGGAUCUGAAGCGCGUAUUCAAAACAUCCUGGUCACCGGUGGCGCAGGUUUCAUCGGAACACACACUGUCCUCCAGCUCCUCAAAGAAGGGUUUAGGGUUACCAUCAUCGACAACCUCGACAACUCUGUGGAAGAGGCGGUAGACCGCGUGAGGGAUCUUGCCGGUCCCGAUCUGUCACGCAAUCUUCGAUUCCAUCUGGGUGAUCUACGGAGCAAUGACGAUUUGGAAAGAGUGUUUUCCGAGACAAGAUUUGAUGCUGUUAUCCACUUUGCUGGGCUGAAGGCUGUUGGGGAGAGUGUUGCCAAACCUCUUUUGUAUUACAGCAAUAAUUUGAUCGGGACAUUGAAUUUAUAUGAAUUUAUGACAAAAUAUGGAUGCAAAAAGAUGGUUUUCUCCUCAUCUACUACUGUUUAUGGUCAACCUGAAAAAAUUCCAUGUGUUGAAGAUUUUGAGUUAAAGGCAAUGAACCCAUAUGGUCGAACCAAGCUCUUUCUUGAAGAAAUUGCUUGUGAUAUUCAAAAGGCUGAUCCAGAAUGGAGAAUUAUACUCUUAAGAUACUUCAAUCCUGUUGGUGCUCAUGAAAGUGGCCUGAUUGGUGAAGACCCUAAGGGCAUUCCUAAUAAUCUUAUGCCUUAUAUUCAACGUGUUGCUGUGGGCAGAUUGCCUGAACUGAAUGUGUAUGGCAUUGACUAUCCAACGAAGGAUGGGACUGCGAUUCGUGACUACAUUCAUGUCAUGGACUUGGCUGAUGGUCAUAUAGCAGCUCUUCAGAAGCUUUUCCUUACAGAUGACAUUGGUUGUGUUGCCUAUAAUUUAGGAACUGGGCGUGGUACCUCUGUCCUUGAGAUGGUUUCUGCUUUUGAGAAAGCUUCCGGCAAGAAAAUUCCUUUGAAGUUGUGUCCAAGGAGGCCUGGUGAUGCUACAGAAGUCUACGCUUUGACAGAGAAGGCUGAGAAGGAGCUUGGUUGGAGAGCAAAGUAUGGCAUAGAAGAAAUGUGUAGAGACCAAUGGAACUGGGCAAGCAAGAACCCAUAUGGUUAUAAAACCCAAGGUACUUGAAUAUGACUUUAGAAGAGUGUGUUCAAUCUUUAGAGGGACCAAGUAAUGUGCUCAUAUAUUUGAAAGUCUUAACAGUUUCUAAAACUAAGCUUUUCUUCAGCUUUCAAUCUAAUAAGAAGAAUCACUACUUCUGUUUGUGUAAAUAAA